UUAUUUUGGUAUUUUUUGGCACUUCUAUUUGGUCACACCAACACCUGACAAGUUGGAAAUUUUUGUAACUUUGUUUUAUUAUUAUUUAAAUGGAUGCCAAAAAACAAAAACUAACCGACGAUGAGAUUACUGAAAACGUAGUAGAAACCUGCUCCUAUUGGGUACCGCGCAAGAAACGUCGCUGCAAAAUGACUGCCAACAAAGGCAGCACUUUUUGCGGUGCCCAUGCGCCAGCCUCUAUAUUGGAUGAUAACUCUGGCGAGGAUUUGUCCAAAGAACGUGUUCUCUGCCCGCUGGACCCCAAACACACUGUGUUCAAAACAAAACUAGCCAAACACCUGACGAUUUGCAAUGCAAGGGAUCAACAAAGCACACUCCCCUACAUCGUAAAGAACAUCAAUUCUGGCGAAAAUGUAGAGGACUCUACGGACUCUGAGAAGUUUCGAGAAAUAAAACUGCAUGAAGUGCCCGAUGGGGAGUUUUACGCUUUUAUAAAAUUAAUUGAAAAUCUCUACGAUAAACUCAUUGCUUCGACAAUCACCGAAAUUCAUUCGGCACAUGAGUCGCUCAAGGAGGAGCUCAGUCGUGACGAUUACGGGCAGAACACACUGCGACAGCUCUCUCAAUCAUCCAGUCUGCUGGGCAUUCUGGAGAGAGAUCAACAAAUCGCCAAUGACACAAGUUAUGUGGAGUUUGGAGCCGGUAAAGGGCAGCUAUCCUACCAUCUAGCCACCGAUUUGGAUGAGCGGCACAUGACUGGCUCCCAAGUAAUUCUCGUCGAUCGGAUGUCCCUGCGUCACAAAAAAGACAAUAAAGUAGCCAACAGGGAUAUGGUGAAGCGAAUCCGGGCAGACAUAGCCGAUCUGAAGCUCUCCGCGUUGCCGGAACUAAAGAAGACCCGGAGAACGGUGGCCCUUUCUAAGCAUCUGUGUGGUGAAGCCACUGAUUUGACCUUGCGGUGUAUACAGUGCAAUACUGUAGAUGGGUCUUCACCUGUGGACUACGUGCUCAUUGCGUUGUGCUGCCAUCAUCGGUGCUCGUGGCAGUCCUACGUGGGACGUCCGUUCCUUCACGAAUGUGGAAUAGGACCCCGACAAUUUGCCAUAUUAAUCAAAAUGGCCAGUUGGGCGGUUUGUGGCACCGGUUUAAGUCGCGAGCGGCGUCGGGCUAUGGAGCAGGCGGAUCAAAAGGAGCAACCGGAAGUGACCACCCAACGGCUAAGUCGGGAGGAGCGUGAGCGUUUCGGACUUCAAUGCAAACGCCUAUUGGACUGGGGAAGACUACAAUAUAUGCGUUCGCAAGGGUACGAGGCGAGCCUAAAGUUCUAUGUACCGAAAGCCGUGACACUGGAGAAUGUGGUGCUAGUAGCGAAGAUAGAUACCUCAAAAAAAAGAAACAGUUUACCGACUGGCAACUAAAUUGCCUUAAUUUUAAUGUGAUCAUAUCUCUGAUUUUUUAUAUCUUUGUAAGAAUCGAAACUAGCUAAAAAUGUAGUUUAAUAUUUUCCAUA